CUCAGGUAUGGUGACGGUCGCACAGCUGGAAGUGUGCAGCGAGAGAGAGAGAGCUGGCUGGUUGUCUGGUUGGAUUGGUUACAUUAGUAACGGGUCCCCUGGUGUACAGACAGCACAACAGCAGACUAGACGUUCAGACUUCGGGCGUGCUCAGGGACGAACUACGAGGCAAAAGGCGAAGUAAGGUUACACAAUACUGGUCCGUUAAAAAAGGAGCAGCAUCAUGUUCACUUGGGUAAAUAAGGAACAGGGCGGAAGAAACAAGGACGGCGAUAUGUUUCAAACAGUGACGGAGGGACUUCAGAGUCUCUAUACCAAAAAACUGCUGCCUUUAGAAGAAGCCUACUUUUUCCAUGACUUCCACUCGCCGGCGCUGGAAGAAGCGGAUUUUCAAAGCAAGCCAAUGGUGCUUCUGGUUGGGCAGUACUCCACAGGCAAGACUACUUUCAUAAGGUAUCUCCUGGAGCAGGAUUUUCCUGGUAUGCGGAUUGGGCCAGAGCCCACUACAGAUGGAUUCAUCGCUGUUAUGUAUGGGGACAACGAGGGGGUUGUACCUGGCAAUGCUCUGGUUGUGGACCCCAAGAAACCCUUUCGCAAGCUCAACGCCUUUGGGAAUGCUUUCCUGAACAGGUUCAUCUGCUCUCAGAUGCCCAACCAAGUCCUGCAGAGCAUUAGCAUCAUCGACACGCCGGGCAUCUUGUCUGGGGAAAAGCAGCGCAUUAGCAGAGGCUAUGAUUUCUCCGAAGUCCUGCGCUGGUUCGGUGAGCGCGUGGAUCGUAUCAUCCUCCUUUUUGAUGCCCACAAGCUGGACAUCUCUGACGAGUUCUCUGAGGCUAUCAAGGCCUUCCGUGGCCAGGACGACAAGAUCCGCGUAGUCUUGAACAAGGCUGACCAGGUGGACACACAACAGCUGAUGCGGGUCUACGGGGCUCUGAUGUGGUCCCUUGGCAAAGUGAUUAACACCCCAGAGGUGGUGAGGGUCUACCUGGGCUCCUUCUGGGCCAAGCCACUGCAGAACACAGACAACCGUCGACUGUUUGAGGCAGAGGCACAGGACCUCUUCCGGGACAUCCAGGCCCUGCCACGAAAUGCUGCUCUACGCAAGCUCAAUGACCUCAUCAAAAGAGCUCGACUUGCCAAGGUGCAUGCUUACAUCAUCAGUUACUUGAAGAAAGAGAUGCCUUCUCUGUUUGGAAAGGAAAAGAAGAAAGAAGAGCUGAUUACCCACCUACCCGAAAUCUACCAGAUCCUGCAGAGGGAGCACCACAUUUCGCCUGGAGAUUUCCCCAAUGUCAACAAGAUGCAGGAACAGCUCUUGCACUAUGACUUCGGCAAGUUUCCCUCCCUGAAAAUAAAGCUCAUUGAAUCAGUGGACAAGAUGCUGAGCAACAAAAUCUCAGGGUUGAUGACCCUGAUCCGGGAGGAGGAGGGUAAAAUGCCACCUCAAAUGGUGACUGGCGGUGCGUUCGAAGGCUCACAGGAUGGGCCGUUCGGCCAUGGCUAUGGUGAGGGCAUUAGCGCUGGGGCUGACACUGAGGACUGGAUCGUGAGCCGUGAUAAGCCACGCUACGAUGAAAUCUUCUACACUCUCAUGCCUAUCAAUGGCAAGGUGACCGGUGUCAAUGCCAAGAAGGAGAUGAUGAACUCACGCCUGCCUAACACUGUGCUCGGGAAGAUCUGGAAACUGGCCGACUGUGACAAGGAUGGCAUGCUGGAUGACGAGGAGUUCGCUUUGGCUCAACAUCUCAUCAAGAUCAAGCUGGAGGGUUUCGAGCUGCCUUCAGAGCUGCCUCCACACCUGGUGCCUCCAGCUCACAGGAAGAACUCCACUGCAGACAUCCUGUACAACCACCAGGAGGACUGAGAAGUUGGUGUGUAUGCUCCAAAGACAAAUGUUCAUAUGUAAAUACCAGCCAGCAGUACUGACUGUUACCAGGUAACCAAAAAUGCCAAAUGUAGCUACCAGUGAAUGAAAUGUGCUACCAACUGACAUAGUUUUGCAUUCUUUAGUGACACAACUCACCAUUCAUUCACAAGUCUAUCAUUUGAUAUGUUUUAUUAUGUUGAAGAUAAUUUGACAGGUUUUACAUUCCCAAGGCUCUUUUGAUGGAAGUAUUGGUUACAUAUCAUGGUUACUUUGACACAGUGGCUGAAACAUAAUUUCAAGUCUUUUAAUUAAACCAGUGAUUUUGGUAAAGGGAGGUGCAGCAUGCUGUCCCAUGAUGACAACUUCUUUAACUGGUCAUUUGGUGUGUACGCACAUUGUACAUACACACACUGUAUAUGUUUCUGGUAGUUCCACACUAAAACCAUUAUAUGAAUGUAUAGCAAGUCAUAUUUUUCAAGCAAGUUUCUUUCCCCUCAAAUACAACAACCACAUAGCUUAGGUUAUGGCACCAUCUUCUUUAACUUAAGUCACAUCACCUUUCAUCACCUUACCUCCCAAAAUGGUUACUUUACAGGAAAAGGAAAAAAAAUGUUGUAUACCUUUGACGUAAGUUAAGGUAACAAUAUUUUUUUCUAAGCCGUUUAGAACCAGAUGUAUUGGUCCAUUUAUCAUGACAUUCACACAAAAUAGAUAAUUUUAUAUAUAAAAAAAGAAAAAUACAAAGAAGAUACAAUGUACAAUGAUGUUGUAACCUGUUACUUUGGUAAUUAUCUGCCUGUAGGAGUGGGCAGUAUGAUCAUCACUGUUGUGAUCAAUUAUGUCAUUAUUUGCUUUUGUGAGCCUAGAGUGGAUACUGUCAGUACUUCUAAAACAGUGAACAGCUACAUUAUGUUCUGGCUGCUGUUUAUGUGUGGUUUUGUGGCAUUUGUUAUUCUUUCAAAUGAUCAAACCUUAGAAAAACAAAAAAUCAUUACAACCUUUAAUGUAUCAAUAUUUUACAUUGUUAGGCUGUUAUUUUUAAUGCAAAUGAAAGACUUUAAUACUAAAAUUAGGCUUUAAUAGUUUAAUGAUCUUAAGGUUGACAAUCAGCGUGCACUAACAGCAUUACAGACUCUAGUUGACGGUUGUUGAAGGACUUUACAUUCCCAUGAGACCUGCCACUGUUCUGAAUUAUUUUUUGUGCAUAAUAACUGACAUAAAUGUUUCAUAAUAUGUGAAAGUGGAUUAUGCAUAAAUGCUCUGUUUGUACUUCUUUAUGUGCUGUACAUGGAUGCAUUAGUUAGUUUUUUUAAUGUUGCAAGUCUUAUGUUAAUGCUGCAUUUGAGACUGAACAUUAGCUUGUGCACUGUUAUAUAAAUAGAAAAGUAAUUAAAUAACCCCUCUGGGUUUCUAUAAAAACAUUGUCAGUUUGCUUCAACAUGGGAUGUGUACAGAACAGAGGACACACUGAAUUAUAAUUAUGAUAUCUACAGUGCUAUGUAAGAUUUUUUUGGCAAAGCUUUAUGGUCUACAAAAGGCUCUCAACGUCGUCACAUUAUAGAGUUGCAGCAUGGUUUCUUUCAAUUCGUCAUCUGUGAAAGCUUAGACAUGCUACCUUUCUCAUUUUGAUCAUUCAUUCCUUCCAGUGUUAUAUCAGACACUAAAUACAUAUAAGUUUGGACAGUUAUUUCACAGCAUUUCACAAUAGUUCUUUAAAACAGCAGUGUCAGUUUUACAGACCUACAUUACUCAUUAUUUGGAAACAUUAUAUGCUUGCAGUAUUUCUUUUUAAAAGAAAGUGCUUUCAAGUGUGGAUAUUUUUCAUUUUGUGUUGAUGAUGAGAAGCACUCUGACGACACAGAAUUAAAUGUCAACAAUGAGGUCAUCAGGUAUGUACUUAAACUGGAACAUUUUUCAUUAUUUAAGGAAAUUUUAAUGAAGUGGGCUCCAUGUUUACAAGGAAAAUGUGUUUUUUGUGUCUUUUUGUUUAAUGAGACUUAAUAAUGCAGCAUAUUUCUUCUGAUCAUUAAAUGACUAAAGACUUUAUUAUACAAAUGAUACUAUAACAUAGUUAUCUGCCUUUGUCUGUCAGUCUUUUAUUAUAGUUACAAUCAUAAUUCAUUGGUGUAAUGUUAUGAUAAAUCAGUAAAAUGUAAACAACUCGUACUAAUAUGAAAAAAAUUACAUAAAUUAUUACUAAACCAAAAUAAAUUAUUACUUUAACCAAAAGUUAAAUUUGUGUGUUUCUGGUUACUGUGCACUCAAUAAUCAAGAUCGAGUCUACUGUAAAAGCCUUAUUGUUAACUAAUAUUGGCCUUUAUGACUUUUUUAUGUUAAGUAUUUUUCACUGCAAACUGUUAAUGUAAAGAGGUAAGAUUUCGGUUGACCCUUUUUAAAUGGAACAAGGGAAUGAAGAUAAUAAAUACUAUUUAAAACA